AUGGCAACAAACUUUCAUGAAUCUGAAACUACACAGCGGGAAAAAACUGUUUCUCGUUUGAAGAUUUUCAAUUUUAGUUUAAACUGGGAUCUGAAAAUGACACAAUGUAAGCCUUGCAGGUCCAAGCCAGGAAAUAUAUUAACUAGACGUUUGUGUAGAAAUAAAAAGCAUAGUGAAGAUAACGAGCUUUACAGAUCAAACAGUUUCAAAUUUGAACGUUUUGAAAAAAGGGAUACAACAGAGGAGGAUAAAAAUAAUAUUUUUGUCUGUGAAGAUUAUAGUUUACCGCUUGAUUACUUCAAAAGUUGUUCCUCGAAUCUCCAUCCGAAACAAUUGUCACACUCAAAUAUUCAAUCAAAAAAGCAGUCCUUUAAAGUUGAAUUGCUAGAAGGAUAUAGUCAACCAAAUGACGAUGCAACUUUAGUCACUACUGCUAGUUUUGCAAGCAACGAAAAAAAGAUUAGCAAUCGUCGGGUUUACUCAGAUUCUUCGCUACCACAGUCCUCUGAAUGUGAAUUAGAGCAAAACUUAGACUCUGGUAACAGCUUAUCAGACAUUGGAAAAGAUAUCUUUCAGUUGGAAAAAAAUAGUAAACCUUCACUUUAUUAUUAUUCAGACAUAGCCAAGCGUCAAGAUAAAAAAACUAAUUUAGAAAAAACACUUUUCUUAAAUCAAAACAAAACAUAUUUUAAACGAUCUUCCACAUCAACGAAGAAAACGAGGUCUCUAGCGGCCAAAGAGAAAUCAAAGAAAUUAUACCAUUCAUCUGAAAGUGAAACUUCUGAAAAUUCCGAAUGUCCAGAAUGUAAAAAUACUCACAGUAUUCUCAAACCCAAUGUGAAACCUUUGUUAGAAUUCGAAAUGCACGCUUUUGAAAGUAAUGAUAUUUUUACUUCACAAGCGAUUUUUGGAUCAUAUAGCAGUAAUAAUAAUGCAUUAAGUGAUUGUUCCUUCAAUUCCUGUGACACUAUUUUAAAAUCAAAAGAUAUGAACAGUAAAAAGCAAAUUUAUGAGACAGCAUUUGACUCAAGAAUAACAAAAAAUGAUGAUAUUUCAAUCCUUGAUAACAUAACAAAAAACCCAGAAAUGUUUCCGUUCCCGAAUGACUUAUUAAUGAUUUCUGAUUCAUCGCUAAGUUGUCUUGGUAUUCAGGAAGGUAAAAAAGACAAUAAUACAAACAUUGAAAAUGAUGCAUUGAUCGAAGACAUGAAUGAACUUUUAAUAAAUGAAAAAACUAAAACACAAAAACCAUUUAGCACACCUUCUCCCCCAUCUACAGCUCCACUUCCUUUAAAGUUUCCCAGUAAAAAUAGCAAUUGUUUGAAAGACACAAUAAAAAGCACACCAAAUUUACCAAGUUCUGAUGUAUUACAAUAUCCUAAAGCGAUGAAUAAUUGUUGUAUUUUUGGAGAAACAAAACAAAUUCAAAUAUCGUCUUCUAAAAAAACAAGUGAAAAAUCACGAUCUGAUCUACAUGAUAACAACUUGAAAUUUAAACAAAAAUUUAAAAUUUUUGCCUCAACUGAUAGCAUCAAAAGUAGUAAUAUUAGUAUUGACUCAUUAAGAUCGUGUACAAGCGACGAAGCUCGAAGUACGACGAGCUCAGAUUCUCAAAGAUCUUCAUCAAUUAGUUCGCAUGACUCUGAUUCAGGAUCAAGAGCGUUUUAUCAAUUGAAAAAUAAUGUUUCUUUUAAUACAAAACUCCAUAUGCUAAGUCCAAUAUCGGAUAAAUCAGUUAUAGAAUCUGCAGAGAUAGAUGGUUCAAUGACGAAAGAUCCCAUAACAGUCCCAGUGAGAAGGAAAAUAAAUACUGAAGGAAAUAUGGAGUUUAAAAACAAUAGUUUUUCGCACAAAUUACUAUCGUCUUUGGCAUCUGAAAUUCGAGGUUCAGAUAGUGGUAUAUCUUUACAAUCCAGAGAAGAGAUGAAACAGAAUGUAUCUACCAGUGAAGUUGAUAAACAAAUUACUUUUGAAACCAAUACCCCUUAUAGCCUAAAUGAUCUUCCUUUUGAUAUGCCAAAGCUUGAACGACGCCAUGGAUACUUCCAGUCAGAAUGUUCAACAAAACAAAUUGAUUCUACAAAUUUAGAAAUAUGUUUGGUGAAAAAAAGUAAUGCUAACAACAUUGAAAGGCAAAGUCUUACAUUAAAUUUUAACGAAAGAAAAAGUCCUAAAUCCUUGAAAUUCGGUACAAUAAAUGGUUACUCUAAUUCAAAUAACACGAUGCUUAAACUUGAUUUAGGUAAUUACAAUCAAUUUUCCAAACUCAUUGAUGUCGACAUUCCAUUUGAUAGACAAAAUUGGUAUCAUGGAGCAAUUAGUCGAAUCGAAGCAGAAAAUGUACUUCGACCUCUAGAUGCAGGUAGUUUUUUGGUACGCAACAGUGAAUCAGCAAAGCAAGAUUAUUCGUUAUCUUUAAAAAGUGCCAAAGGAUUCAUGCAUAUGCGCAUACAAAGGUCAGAUGAUUCGAACAAGUAUAUUUUAGGUCAAUUUAGCAGACCAUUUGACACCAUACCUGAAAUGAUUCAGCAUUUUUGUUUAAAUCGUUUACCAGUUAGAGGAGCUGAACAUAUGUGUUUAGUUAAACCAGUUGUUGUACAAAUUUUAUAAAAUCACAUCAUUUUAUGAUCAGUUUAACUGAUUUGAAAAU